UCCCGCCUCUGCCCCCGCCAGCUGCGGGCUCUUUCCAGCCUCAGUUUCCCGCAGCCUCAGUUUCCCCGCCCGGAGCCCCCUGGCGGGAGGGCAGGUCGGCUCUCCCGUCCCCGCCAGGCCGGCCCCCCUCCGGGACGGAGCCCACCCGCCGCGGGACCCUCGGCGUGGGGCGGCGGCCCGGGAUCUCCGGGAAUUAAAGUUUCCAGGCCGCAGAUCGUCACCGCGGAGGGCGACUUCUUCCCGUCCGCCAAGGAGCCUCAGUCAAGGGCGCUGUGGCGGUGGAAACUGAGGCAGGCGGUGCGGCAGGCCCUGGACGGGCGGCGGGACUCCCCCCUGGCCGGGGGGCCGGGCCGGGCCGCGGAGGACCCCCCGGCCGACCGCUCCUGCGUCCACACCUUCCGCGCCGGCGGCCGAUUCCAGCACGCGACCUACGACGGCGAGUGGCGCGCGGGGAAGCCCCACGGCAAGGGCGCCUUGAUGUGGCCUGACGGUUCCAACCACGUGGGGGAUUUCAAGGACGGCCUGGAGCACGGGUUCGGGAUCCGCCUGAUCCCGCACGGGACCGAAGACCGGUUCGACUGCUACAAGGGUCACUGGCGGGACGGCCGGAUGGAGGGCUACGGCAUCUGCGAGUACGGCGACGGGCCGGUGUACAGGGGCUACUUCCGGGCCGGCCGGCGCCACGGCUUCGGCGUCCUGGAGAGCGCCCCCGGACGACGGCCCUUCCGCUACACCGGACACUGGGCCCACGACCGCAAGGACGGCUACGGCGUCUGGGACGACCGGCGCAGGGGGGAGCGCUACAUCGGCACGUGGCGGGACGACCGGCGGCACGGCCAGGGCGUCGUCGUCACCCAGUCGGGCAUCUGCUACCGGCGGACGUUCCACGCGGGCAAGAUGGUGGGCCCCGGCCUGCUGCUGACGGAGGACGACUCGCUCUACGAAGGAAGCUUCUCCGGGGACCUGGAGUUCGUGGGGAAGGGCAAGGUCACCUUCCCCAACGGCUUCACGCUGGAAGGCACCUUCGGCGGCAGGACGGGCGGCGGGCUGCAGACGCAGGGCGUCCUGGACACGGGCGGCCGCCCACCGGACGGGCGGUCCGUCGGCGGACGGCAGCUGGGGGAGGCCGAGUUCCCGGCGGAGACGCGCUGGCCGGGGGUCUUCGGCCCCUUCCGGGACUUCGUGCGGGCCGGGGCGCCGGCGGGCGCCGAGGAGGCCUGCAUGGGCUUCCACGUCCGGAGCGCCGGGGAGCCGCCUCCGGCCGGACCGCGGAGGACCCCUCCCGGCGACGAGGCGGCGGGGAGCAUCGAGGACGUCCUGGCGGAGAUCCCGCGGCACCGGGCCCCCGAGGAGCGGCUGCGGGACUACUUGCGCGGGGCGCUGCGGUCGUCGGUGCACCCGCUGGGCAAGCUGCUGGCCGCCCUGACGCUGGCCUUUCAGGCCACCUACUCCGGGGUGGGCGCCAACAAGCACCUGCUGGCCAUGGCCCAGGGCGAGGUGAAGCACUGUGCCCGGCGCAUCUGGGAGCUGUACCGGGCUCUGCUGGGCCUCGCCCUGGAGCGGCAGGGCCGGACGGCGGAGGGGGCCCCCGAGGACCCCGAGGACGGGGAGCGGCAGGCGCGCGGGCUGGUGCUGCCCCUGGUCCUGCCCCGCUUCCACCCCGACCUGUUCCUGCUGUACAUGCUGCGCCACGAGCGCGAGGACGGCCUCUACGGGCGGGGCAUCGCCCACCUCAGCCUCUUCCCCGACACCCGGCUCCUCCGGUUCCUCCACGUCCAGAAACGCCUGUGGCCCCUCAAGGACCUCACCCUGACCACCGAUCAGAGACGCUCCCUCGUCAGAGACGAGUGCUUCCUCUCGGCCACCGAGUGUCUGCAGAAGAUGAUCGCCACGGUGGACCCGCGGGAGAAGCUGGACAUCCUGGAGGAGACGUACGGCGAGAUCGAGGCCACCGUCUCCCGCGUCCUGGGCCGCGACCACAAGCUGCCCAUGGACGACCUGCUGCCCCUGCUCAUCUACGUGGUGUCGCGGGCCAGGAUCCAGCACCUGGGGGCCGAGAUCCACCUCAUCAGGGACAUGAUGGACCCCGUCCACCAAGGGGGGAUGUUCGACUUCCUGCUGACGGCCCUGGAGUCGUGUUACGAGCACAUCCAGAGGGAAGACAUGCGCCUCCAUCGCGCGCCCGCCCUGACGAGCCCGCGGGGCUCCCGGUAGCCCCCGGCCGGG